AUGGACGUGGUGCGCGUCUUCACGUACCCGGAGCUCCACACUGCAACCAAAGCCUUCAGUAAGAAAAUCGCAAGUGGAGGCUUUGGCACGGUUUUCGAAGGGAUACUCUCGGAUGGAUCCAAGGUUCCUGUCAAGCGUCUGGAAACCUUCUCGAGCCAAGGAUACAAGCAGUUCAAGGCGGAGGUGGGGGCGAUCAGAAGCAUCCAUCACAAGAACCUCGUAAGACUCAAAGGCUUUUGUUCCCAGGAAUCACACCACUUCCUGGUUUACGAGUACGUACCAAACGGAUUGCUAGACAAGUGGAUCUACAAGCCGCUGGAAGAGCUCAACUGGGACACGAGAUUCAGGAUAGUCGAGGAGAUUGCUCAAGGGAUUCGCUACCUCCACGAGGAAUGCAGCACUAGAGUCCUCCACUUGGAUAUCAAGCCGCAAAACAUACUCCUGGACGAGAACUUUGGUGUCAAGAUAGCAGACUUUGGACUGUCCAGGAUGUGGCUACCGGAUUACAAGCUUUCCAUACCUGUGUGUCUUGCGGGAGGAGCCCGGGCAUGGGCGUUUGAGAAGCUUCGGUCUGGGAAGUUAAUGGAGAUGUUAGAAGAGAAGAGGGCCCGGCACGAAAUGGAGGCUAUCUCUAAGGCCGAGAAGCUGCUUCGCAUUGGAGUGUGGUGCAUCCAGCCGGAUCCAAGGGAGCGCCCUGCAAUGGCUCAAGUCGUCAAAAUGUUGCAAGGAGUGCCCUAA